CCAGUGGGAAACCGUCUCACCUACAGAGCAGAUAUACAGGACAGACUGAGUGUAAGCUGUAAAAGUGAACUACAGAAACUAAAUGUAGACAGACACAAGCAGAGAGAGACAGACAGAGAGACAGGUACCCAUAACUACUGUAAAGAUUAGAGACAGACAGGGCCAGGGGGUAAACACAGACAGGACAGUGGACACAGACUGUAGAUCACCUUAACAUAUACUGUUAUUGGACACAACGGGGGAUGUAAACAGACAGAGACAGAGACAGAGAGAGACAGAAAGAUCAGGCAACAUGAUGUUGUCCAAAAAAGAGGAGAAGAGGUCAUUCAGCAACGGGCCGCUGAGAGACCAAUGGGAGAAGAGAGCUCAGAACAUUGCGGACCAGUGCAAACAAGAGGCUGAAUGGAGAGAAAAGAGUUCCGUCAAAGUACUUUUCUCAAAGUGGAAUUAUCACUGGUCCCUCAAUGGAGAAAUGUCUGACUUCAAGAGGGUCACCAGCGGCAUAGAUGAAGCAGACAAAAAGCCAAAAAUUAAAUUCAAAAUCGUCCCUCCUCCUCCCAAACACAAACCUGAGCCUACUCCGCCUCCACCUCCUCCCAAGAGGACAGCUUCUCCCAAACCUCUCAGGCCAAGACGCAAAGUAGAGGUGGAUGCCUUCCGGAUUUGUUGGAGAGAGUCUUGGAUGAGCCUGAAACCUCCAAAGUACCUUUACCUGAGGGCCAAAGAGUUCAAAACCAGACUCCUGGGAUUCACAACAAUAGAGCUGACUAACAACAGGAAGUACAAACCAAAGAGGUACAGAUUAGAGGCUGAAGUGACGUCUGAUGAAUGGACUCACUCCUGGAAACAGGUGAAGAUUCCAGACCAGUUGGAGCUCUCUGAGGAGAAACAAUUCCAGUGGGAGAUUUUGUUUGAAAGAAAAGUAGUUCGCGAAGCUGGAAAGAGAAGAAUUCUCUCUUCCUGUCUGGGCCGGUACGUGGAAGAUUAUGAACUUUGUCUUCAGACAGCAGAAGCAGAAUUGGGAUUGUAUCUGGCCCGACUACCAACAGAACCGCACUGACAAGUUUGAUGAACUACAGCAACUAGCAGAGCAGGAUGAGCUUUCAGACUGGGAGGAGUCAUGGAAACUGUCCGGGGACAGAACUUGAACCAAAAGACGUCACAGAUGAGGAUGAUGAGACGCUAUCUGCAGCCUCUUUGACCACUGACAUCACAGUGGUGUUGAGGAUAAAUGACGUGUUCAUGCCCGGGUGGAGCAACUCCUGGCUGAUCUCUGCAGCUCCUCUAGCAGGAAGAUGAAGAACGUGAGAAGAACUGGAGCUCCUGCUGGGGAUACAGGCAGCAGAUCAGGUGGCGCAAGGCUUCACUGGAGUCCCAUCAUCAACACAGCAACAUGAUGACUAGGAGACGUAAAACCACAAACCUUCUCCUCAUAUCACAGCUGGACGAUGAGAUCACAGACAGCACAGAGUGGACAGAGGCCUGGAGGACUCCUAAAGUAUGGAUCCAACCAGAGGAGGACGAACUGGAGGAAGAAGAGGAGGAGGAAGUGGAGGAGAGAAUAGAUAAGACGGGGGAGGGGGAAGAGGAGGAGGAGGAGGAGGAGGAGGAGGAUGAGGGAGUAGACGAGGAGGAAGAGGAGGAGGAGGAGGAGGAAGAUGUCAAUGAAAAUGAGGAGUACAAAGAAGUAGACAAGGAGGAAAGGGAUGAAGGAGUAGAGGAGGAAGAGGACGAGGAGGACGAAGAAGAGGAUGAAGAAGUUGAUGAGGAGGAGAAGAACGAAAAAGUACAUGAGGACAAGGAGGAAGAGGAUGAGGAGGAAGAAGGUGAUGAGGCAGAGAGAGACAAACAAGUACAUGAGGAUACGGAAGAAGAGGAGGAGGAAGACGAAGAAAACGAGAGGGAUGAGGUCAAAGAAGUGCAAGGGGAGGAGGAGAGGACAGUUGGAGAUGAGGAGGAGGAGGAUGUAGAAGAAGCGAAGGAUGUUCCUGAAGAGGAGAGGGACAAACAAGUACACAGAGAAGAGGAGGACCAAAGCAUAAAGAAAGAUGGUGAGGAGGAUGAAGAGGAUGAGGACAAAACAUCAGACAAGGAGGACAAGGAUGAAGAGGAAGAAGAGGAGGAGGAGAGCACAGAAGCAAACGAAAGUGGCAAGAUGGAUGAUGAAGAUGAAGAAGAGGAGGAGGAGGAGGACAGUGAAGCCAAGGAGGAAGAGAAAGAAGAGGAGGAGAAUGAAGAAGAACACGAGGAGGAGGAAAAAUUAGUAAAUGAAAAGGAAGAGGAGAGUGAGGAAGAUGGAGAAAAAGAAAAAGCUGCAAACGAAGAGGAAGAGGACAAAAAAUCGGAUGAAGUGGAGGAGGAGGAUGAAGAUGAAGAACUAGACAAAGAACAGGAAAAGAAAGACGAGGAAGAAGAGGAUGAAUUUGUAGAUGCGAAGGAGGACAUAGAAGACAAGAGGGUGAAAAAUGAAGAGGAUGAAAAGGAUGAGGAGGAGGAGGAGGAGGAUGAAGAAAUGGAUGAGAAGAAUGAAGAUGAAGAACUGGACAAAGAACAAGAAAAGAAAGAGAAGGAAGAGGAGGAUGAAUAUCUAGAUGCGAAGGAGGACAUAGCAGACAAGAUGGUGAAAAAUGAAGAGGAUGAAAAGGAAGAUGAUGAGGAUAAUGUUGAUGAAGAAGAGAAAGAGACAGAAGAGGAGGAGGAGGAGGAGGAGGAGGUGGAGGAGAAGGAGGAGGAGGAAGUGGACAAAGACCAGGAAAAAGAAGCAGAUGAUGGAGAAGACCAUGAUGAAGAAGUGGAUGAGGUGGAGGGUGAAGAAAUCAAGGACAAAGAGGAUGAACUACACAAAAACAAGGAGGAGGAGGAGGAAGAGGAGGAUGAAGAUGAGGAGGAGGAGACUGACGACGAUGAUGAUGAUGAUGCAGUCGACGCAGAGGAAGAUGAUGACAGUGAGAAAGUGAACGAGAAAGAGGAGGAAAACAAAGUAGAAGACACAAAGGAGGAGAAGACGUUGCGUAAACGAGUCAAAUGCAAACCUGACGUCCCACUCCAUUUGCAGUUCCACAAAGUGAAUGCCUCCUUCUCCUCUUGGAGGCGGUCAUGGGAUGGUGGCAGUAGCUCACAGAGCAGGAGAUGAAAAUGAGGAGGAGGAGGAUGAGGAGGAGGAAGAGGAGUGGUACGCUUGGAAAGAGUCGUGGAGGAUUUGCCGCUGGAAGAAGCCGGAUGAGGAUGAGGUGAUGUGUUUCUCCACCGAGAACCGGAGUCAGAGAUACAUGGGACUGAAGCGUGAAGACGACGGUAUGCCAAAGAGUGAAUGGACUCUCAGCUGGAAGAUGACCAAGACUGCAGAAGAAGAAGAAGAAGAAGAAGAAGAAGAAGAAGAAGAGGAAGAAGAAGAAGAAGAAGAAGAAGAAGAAGGUUGAACUUUUAUGAUGGCUGAAGAUUACAAGUUGUGAAAUAAGGCACUGACAUUUUAAUGAAGAAACCCAGGAAAGUUACGCUGGGCUCAGACUAUGGGAGUUUUAGACCGAUACAUUCUCAUUUCAUCCCUCCUGACAACCACUGUGUAAAUCUGGUCUAGGACCGUGGUUGGUACCAAUGUUUGCCCAAGAGUAUCUGACAAUGUAAGAGGUUUACACAUUAUUGUCUUAAACCUCCAGAACUGCUUGCAGCCCCAGUAAUAUCAAACAUGUUUGAUAUGAAAAUGAAUCCAGCUAAAAUCUGGACGAUUACAAUAAAGAUCAUGUCAGUACUCACGCAAGUCACCAGCUACAUACACCCGAUGACCAGCUGUUGCAAACAGUCACUGCAUUUCCUGCCUCUAUGUUGAAACAUGUUACCACUUUUUUCACAAGAGCGCCACCUGUUUAUUUUCAUUAUACCAGCACAGUUCUCCUUUGCAACAGUGGACAAUUGUCAUACUAGCCCUUCCAUCAGCUAACACACUCUUGUUGACAGAUAUUAAAAUCUCACAUCCAGUCCUAAUUGAAGAAUAGACAACUUGUGUGUCUGCUGCUCCUCGACCACUGUAUUACUUACAAUACAGCAAAUUGCACUGUAGUCUCCAUUUUGUUUACAUCUGCUUCCUGUGAUAUCAUGUGAGGUGAUGCACUGAAAUGUGACAUUAUUUUUCAAAUCUUGCAGUGUCUGUGUGUUUUAGAUUAGAGAGAAGAACAUCUGGGAUUUCAAAAUUGGUUAGGAAUUCAAAACUCCUGUAACUUGAGCCCAGCUUUAGAGGGGCUAGGUAUCAAUGCUGAGGUACUGAAUGUGUUGGAAUGUGUCCAUAGCAAAGCACUGACUGACUGGUCAUAUUCAUCUGCUCUUUAUCUUGCUUAUACUUUGAUCAAAUCAAAUUGUUAGGGCUUUGUAUGAGUAGUCAUACUGAUUAUGAUAACAUUGUACUAACAAAGUAGGCUCAGGGUCGGUUCAUGCUAGAAAAGAACUGGUUACAAAGUGUGUAUGUAUCUGUAGUGUUGUUCUCAGUUGUUCACAUGAAAAGUAACAGAACGAGUCAGUAAACGAACAAAGAGUUAGAGAGACACCUUCAGUCCUUGGUCCAACACCACACAGUACACAGUCAUCAUGGCAUGAAGUGGGCGUGAAUGUUGGAUUGGUGAUAUAGACCCCUCCCGGAUCUGCCAUUGGAAAGCUGUGGGGGAAGGGGUUUUCUAAAGCUAAAUGACCAUUCAACAAGCAAUUCAGAAGGCAUAUGAAACCUGCUUAAGUGCAAUGCAAUAAAACAAAGGAAGGGCUAGCGCAGACUACAAGACUUUUGUAAUUUGUAGUCUGCCUGUCACAACAGUCUAACUCAAAAUAUCAUUGUGGUUUGAGCAGCUCCUCAGAGCUUUUGAAAUUCUUGCAUACUGCAUUUGACUUAAGGUGCUGGGAUCUUGGAGCAUAGCAACACAGCUAAAAAUACAUCCAGCAGGACAAGAAACAUGAUCAUACAGGACAGAAACUAAAUCCUCAGGUUAGUCAAACUUAUUUGGAGAUGGAAAAGCAGGCUAAUGGUAUAAUUAUUAAUCAAUCCUUUUGUAAAUAUUUACCACAGAUUACAGACUCUCUUCCUGCUUCAGCUUUGAUUUAAUAUUUGAUUUCAAUAUCUACCGAAGUUUUGAGAAGGUGAUUUUCCUUUGCAAUAAGGGAUAAUAACUGAUUUGACAGGUGUGAUAACUGAUUUUUUUAUGUUCACAUAAAGUGAUAGCUACUAUCAGCCUACUUUCAACCUAUAUGAUUGUCUGAGUGCUCAUGUGCAUUGCACCGUUGGAUGUGUUGUGAUGUUGCUGCAUUCUGAGAUCCUAUGAACCUAUGACCCUACGUUAUGAUAUAUGAAAACAGAGGUUGUGAGAAAAUCAUAGGUUUCCUGUGACGUGUGAGAAGUUUGGCUUCUUUAGUAAAAUGUCAAGAAGAAAAUGAAAUGUUUCACGAAAUUAAAAAAAACAAAACACACACACACAAAACAAAACACACUUUUGGUGUUGAUACAGAAGCCAAGGUGUCAAAUCACACCUAGUAUUGAAAAUGUGUUAAUUUCCAGGCUGUGUUCAAGCAGCUUGAAUGCCUAAUAUAAUGCUGUACUCAUGUUCCCAUGUAUAUAACCCAAUCUCAUGAUUCAGGUUAUCCGAACAUAUCAGGGUAAGAGGUUGAAUAAAAUACAAUAACAACGCACAAGGAGGUGUCCUGAUAUUAGACAAUAACAUCAUUAUUGUUGCUAUGUGGACACCUCAAAGUCCACCCUGUCUCUUAUACUAUUUUAGCUGAUUCCCCUAACUUCUGUCACAAAAUGCUAAUGUUUGCUAACUAUGUUCCAUUGCUAGAAAGCCAAUGACUGUGGCAAAGAAACACAUAUUCUGCCUCAAAUUCCAACCAGUAUCACUUGACUUGUCAUUUUGAGCGAUUUAGCUGGCAAAUCAUUUUUAUUCUUUUUCUUUUCUUUUGACAUGAACUAAACAGUAAGCGUAUUCACGGUCAAAUACAGCAAAUGCUAACAUGAGGUAGUGACAGUUUGGGAAUAUGAAGCAAUUGUAAGGUGAGAUGAUGCCAAAGAAGGAAUGUGUCAAAAUAUGUAGAAAGUGGGAAGUGAGAGAAUGGAUGGCAGUGUAGAUGCACAAUGUGGAAAUCCGUCUUAACAGUUUGUAUAAUGAUAUGCAUUUUUACUGCAACUUUUAUUAAAGUUCUAAACCAUUUGUCAAACAAAA